GUGUGUUAUGUGUGUUUCAGGAGAGAGAACACGGGUAUCCGUCCAGUUGUGGACAGAGGUCAGUGUGAAGACAUGGCGGCUCAGUUGGUGGAAUGUGUCCCCAAUUUCUCAGAGGGCAAAAACCAAGAGGUUAUUGAUGCCAUCUCAGCAGCCAUUAGAAGCACACCCGGGUGUACCCUGCUGGACGUGGACCCAGGAGCGUCCACCAACCGCACCGUGUACACAUUUGUGGGCCCUCCUGAAGCUGUGGUGGAAGGAGCGCUGAAUGCCGCCCGUCAGGCAUUCAGUCUCAUUGACAUGAGCCGCCACUCGGGUGAGCACCCUCGUAUGGGGGCGCUGGAUGUCUGUCCUUUCAUUCCUGUCCAGAACGUCAGUAUGGAGGACUGUGUCCGCUGCGCCAAUGUCUUUGGACAGAGACUGGCGGAUAUGCUGCAUGUGCCAGUGUUCCUUUACGGCGAAGCAGCGCGGAGCGAGGCACGGAGGAGUCUUCCAUCAGUGCGAACCGGCGAGUACGAAGCUUUAGUUGACAAGCUGAAACAGAAGGAGUGGGCUCCAGACUUCGGCCCCGGCACUUUUGUCCCAUCAUGGGGUGCCACGGUGACAGGAGCUCGUAAGUUCCUCAUCGCCUACAACGUCAACUUGAUUGGCACCAAGGAGCAGGCACAUCGCAUUGCGCUGAAUAUAAGGGAGCAGGGCCGAGGAAAAGACCAGCCGGGGUUGUUGAAAAAGGUGCAAGCCAUCGGCUGGUACUUAGACGAGGCCAGUAUCGCUCAGGUCUCCACCAACAUCCUGGAUUAUGAGCAGACGCCCCUCCACCGUGUCUAUGAGGAGAUCUGCAAGGAUGCAGAGGACCUGAAGCUGCCCAUCGUUGGCUCUCAGAUUGUCGGUUUGAUCCCUCUAAAAGCUCUCCUGGAUGCUGCAGACUUCUACAUUGCCAAAGAAGAACUCUUCAUCGUGGAAGAGGAACAUAAAUUGCGACUGGUGAUCAGCAAGCUGGGCCUCGACUCAUUGGGUCCAUUCAAAGCAAAGGAGCGAAUAAUUGAAUACAUGGUGAGGUCGCAGGACGAUGGCCGCCUGGUGUCUCCUCUGCAGCAGUUCAUUCGUAGCGUCGGCGCUCGGACGGCUGCCCCUGGUGGAGGCUCGGUCUCUGCCGCCGUAGCUGCUCUGGGAGCGGCUCUGGGCGCCAUGGUGGGCCAGAUGACGUACGGCAAGAGGCAGUUUGAGGCUGUGGACGGCAUUAUGAGGAGACUGAUUCCUCCGUUUCAUCACGCCAUGAACGAGCUGCUAGACAUGGUGGACAGUGACUCAUCUGCCUUCAACAGCUACAUGGCAGCGCUGAAGAUGCCCAAAACUACUAAGGAGGAAGUAAAACGGCGUGAGGCAGCCUUGCAGGAGGGGCUGAAGCGAGCGGUGGGUGUCCCGUUGGCUUUGGCCGAGAGGGUCAGCGCCCUCUGGCCACCACUUAAAGAACUGGUCUUAUACGGGAACGUCGGCUGUAAAUCAGAUAUUCAGGUUGCAGUGAAAGCGUUGGAGACGGCAGUUUUCGGGGCCUACUACAACGUGAUCAUCAACCUUCAAGACAUCACAGAUGAUAGUUACAAGAUGGCGACGCAGUCCAGAGUGUCAGCAUUGUUACAGGAAGCGAAAAGCUGCGCGACCACCAUCCUUGACGCUGCCGACAAGCGAACCUAAGCCUAUUUGCCUGAUUCACAUGAAAAAAUGUAUUGAGGAAAUCCAAUAAAACCUUGUGCGGGCAGAUAGUGGCUGAGAAGUUUGAUCAGCAGUCAUUAAAAAAAUCUUUGCUUUAGGUCACUUUGUCUAAAAGCCAUUACCUCGUUUGCUUCCCACAUGUUUUAUUUUUAUCCGAGAUGUUCAAGGCUGUGGCAACUUUUAAUGGUGGUUUUUUGGAAAAAUAGACGCAUGGUCUUUAAAAGAACCAAGAAAGUUUCUCAAUGGUUGAAAUGCAUGUUACAUACAGUUCAGGUCCAUCAAGCAUUCACUCUCGUUUGGACACUGACAGUUUUUGAUCUUGCUGUGAUAUCGAAGAAAGCAUCUUGUUUCACACAAUCAGAACCUAAUGACUGAACUUGUUAAACUAGUUGAGGAUAGAUUUCCAAUACAACAAUAAAGAUUAUCUUAAUUAAGAUUUAAUUUAAAAGGUUU